GGUUCGACUGCGAGCUUUCUGGGGCUCAAUGGAGGCGGGGCCCGGCCGCUGUCACCGGGCAGGAGAGAACGUUGCUUACGUGCGCCCGGAGUCCAUUGGCCAAGGCGGGCCACACUCCCGGGUCUGGAUUGGGUCGUGGCGCAGAGAAGGCGUGGCCUCGCCGCGCUAGUCCUUAUAGGCUGCUCCGCGCUGGUGCUAGGGCGCAGCAGGCCAAGGGGGAGGUGCGAGCGUGGAGCUAGGACGGGUCUGGGCGGCUCUCGGUGGUUGGCACCGGUUCGCACACCCAUUCAAGCGGCAGGACGCACUUGUCUUAGCAGUUCUCGCUGACCGCGCUAGCUGCGGCUUCUACGCUCCGGCACUCUGAGUUCAUCAGCAAACGCCCUGGCGUCUGUCCUCACCAUGCCUAGCCUUUGGGACCGCUUCUCCUCGUCGUCCACCUCCUCUUCGCCCUCGUCCUUGUCCCGAACUCCCACCCCAGAUCGGCCGCCGCGCUCAGCCUGGGGGUCGGCGGCCCGGGAGGAGGGGUUUGACCGCUCCACGAGCCUGGAGAGCUCGGACUGCGAGUCCCUGGACAGCAGCAACAGUGGCUUCGGGCCGGAGGAAGACACGGCUUACCUGGAUGGGGUGUCGUUGCCCGACUUCGAGCUGCUCAGUGACCCUGAGGAUGAACACCUGUGUGCCAACCUGAUGCAGCUGCUGCAGGAGAGCCUGGCCCAGGCGCGGCUGGGCUCUCGACGCCCUGCGCGCCUGCUGAUGCCUAGCCAGUUGGUAAGCCAGGUGGGCAAAGAACUACUGCGCCUGGCCUACAGCGAGCCGUGCGGCCUGCGGGGGGCGCUGCUGGACGUCUGCGUGGAGCAGGGCAAGAGCUGCCACAGCGUGGGCCAGCUGGCACUCGACCCCAGCCUGGUGCCCACCUUCCAGCUGACCCUCGUGCUGCGCCUGGACUCACGACUCUGGCCCAAGAUCCAGGGGCUCUUUAGCUCCGCCAACUCUCCCUUCCUUCCUGGCUUCAGCCAGUCCCUGACGCUGAGCACUGGCUUCCGAGUCAUCAAGAAGAAGCUGUACAGCUCGGAACAGCUGCUCAUUGAGGAGUGUUGAACUUCAACCUGAGGGGGCCGACAGUGCCCCCCAAGGCAGAGAAGACUGAACUUUUGGGGUGGAGACUAGAGGCAGGAGCUGAGGGACUGAUUCCUGUGGUUGGAAAACUGAGGCAGCCACCUAAGGUGGAGGUGGGGGAAUAGUGUUUCCCAGGAAGCUCAUUGAGUUGUGUGCAGGUGGCUGUGCAUUGGGGACACAUACCCCUCAGUACUGUAGCAUGAAACAAAGGCUUAGGGGCCAACAAGGCUUCCAGCUGGAUGUGUGUGUAGCAUGUACCUUAUUAUUUUUGUUACUGACAGUUAACAGUGGUGUGACAGCCAGAGAGCAGCUGGGCUGCUCCCGCCCCAGCCUGGCCCAGGGUGAAGGAAGAGGCCCGUGCUCCUCAGAGCAGCCGGAGGGAGGGGGGAGGUCGGAGGUCGUGGAGGUGGUUUGUGUAUCUUACUGGUCUGAAGGGACCAAGUGUGUUUGUUGUUUGUUUUGUAUCUUGUUUUUCUGAUCGGAGCAUCACUACUGACCUGUUGUAGGCAGCUAUCUUACAGACGCAUGAAUGUAAGAGUAGGAAGGGGUGGGUGUCAGGGAUCACUUGGGAUCUUUGACACUUGAAAAAAUACACCUGGGAGCUGUGUUUAAACCUUCCCCCAUCGUGUACUGCGGAGUUGAGCUGGGAGGGGAGGGGCUGAGAGGGUGGGGGCUGGAACCCCUCCCCGGGAGGAGUGCCAUCUGGGUCUUCCAUCUAGAACUGUUUACAUGAAGAUAAGAUACUCACUGUUCAUGAAUACACUUGAUGUUCAAGUAUUAAGACCUAUGCAAUAUUUUUUACUUUUCUAAUAAACAUGUUUGUUAAAACA